AGUCCCGGGCACCUCCCUGCGGCGGCCGCUGCCUUAUAAGGCGGGGGGCCGGGCGGCGGGGAGGGGCUGUGCUGGGCCUCGAGUCGGGCCCGCGGGGAGCGCGGCGCAGCGGCAGCGGGAACCCGAGCGCGCCGAGCCGGCCAUGGGCAAGUCAGCCUCCAAGCAGUUCAACAGUGACGUCCUGAAGGCCCACAACGAGUACCGGCAGCAGCAUGGCGUCCCCCCGCUGAAGCUCUGCAAGAAACUCAACCGGGAGGCUCAGCAGUAUUCGGAGGCUCUGGCCAGCACAAGGAUCCUCAAGCACAGCCCGGAGUCCAGUCGUGGCCAGUGUGGAGAGAACCUGGCAUGGGCAUCCUAUGAUCAGACAGGAAAGGAGGUGGCCGACAGGUGGUACAGUGAAAUCAAAAGCUAUAACUUCCAGCAGCCAGGCUUCACCUCCGGAACUGGCCACUUCACAGCCAUGGUAUGGAAGAACACGAAGAAGAUGGGUGUGGGCAAGGCCUCAGCCAGUGACGGCUCCUCCUUCGUGGUGGCCAGAUACUUCCCAGCAGGGAAUGUUGUCAACCCAGGCUUCUUCGAAGAAAAUGUCCUGCCGCCAAAGAAGUAGUCUGUCAACCAUCAUGGGAAGGUGGCGGACUUAAGAAGAGGGAUUUGAAGUGCCUAGAAAAACAAAAACUCUUAUCUUGUGUCUGUCCCUAUGGGUGUGUGUGCUGGAUUUGAGUCUCUCUCUCUCUCCUCUCCCUUUCCCUCUCUCUCUUUUUCUGUCUCUCUCAAACACAUACACUUUCAUACGCAGUCCUGUGUGAACUCAUUCUUAGCAAAAGGGUGAGAAUAUGAAACAUUUAUCUCAAUGUUUACUUAAACUACCAUUAUUUGGGUUUUGGGAGAAAAACUAUUUUCAGACUUUUCUUGGUAACUUUUUUUUUUAAGCAAACUUCUUUUGUAUCUUUCCUAUACUAUCCAUUUUUGGACCUUUUGUAUUCCAAAUAUCUGUGAUUUGAGAAAUGAAGUUCAUUUGAUGUGAUCUUUAUGCACUGUAAUCUACUUUUGGUAGAUAUCUAAGAAUAUCGCAUCUUCAUUUGAAUGUAACAUGACCUAGCUUUAAAUACAUGAAUAUGAAGCCACUUCCAUAGGAAACAGGGGGGCAGGGGGACCCUUCAGAGAAUCACUGAGAUUUCUCAGCUGUAAGACAUGAUGUCAUCUGUUGGCCUCCUGGAAGUCUCAGAUGGGACUGUCAAAGAACAAAUGGAAGAAAAAACUUUACAGCUUUGCAUUUUUCUAUCUUGAAAUAGCCAAGUCCCACUCCCACUCCUAACACCCCUUGCUCCCCACAUUUUUCCUUGAAACCCUCUGGUAUUUCAGGGCUUAAUAGAGUCCUCAUGUUUUCUGGGGAGCUGGGCUAGACCUGAGCCACCUCCUCAGCCCCCCACCCCUAGCUCUGCCAGGUGGCCCGGGGCCUAUUCUGAGACAAGGGCUUUCACGCUGUCCAGGCUCUUGGCCAAGAGGCCUGGGAUGGAUGAAGUCAGUGAGUGUGAGCUUGGGAGGGUGAGCUCACUCAGGGCUCCCAGAGGAAGCCCUCCAGCCUCUGCCCUCCUUCCUCACACAGGGCGGUAACCCUGUUCCUGACAGCUGUGACUGCAGCUGUGUGCUGCUCCCUCCUGGAAUGUCUGACAUGCCCAAAUGUUCAGGGACAUCUCCCAGGCAGGGGCUUAAAGUCACUAUUGAGUUCUGUUUUUGCCUCAAGCUAUACAGAGUUUGCCUGAAUAACAAUCUCUCCCCCCCCCACCUCCACUCUAUCUCUUUAGACCAGAACACUGUUCAGCUCUGGCUUAUAGUAGUACCAGGGAUCGAACCUGGGACCUUGGAGCCUCAGGCAUGAAUGUCUCUUGCAUAACAAUUAUGCUGCCUCCCCAGCUUUUGAAUAACAAUUUCUUAUGAUCCCUGUGGGAGAGACCAAUUCAGAGGCCAAGCGGAGUGUCCCUGAAAGCAGGACAUCUCCCAGUGGUACCGCCACAAGGGAUGGAGCGAGGGGCUUGCUGGCUUAGAAAGAGGAGGGAACAGGCUAGUCUGUGAGUCUGUGAAACAUGCUUCCUGAAGGUCUGUGUUGCACUGUGAACACAGUCUCUUGCUAUGCCCUUCAUUGCAUCCAGGGAUAGUGACUGAGACAACAAUAAAAUCAUUUUCUUUUGUGUA